UGGUCUUUUACUUCUACAUCGCUUGAAAGCUUUCUUCACACCUGUCAAGCACCAUUGGAAUCUUUGAGUUUUGAACAUUGUGAAUGUUUUUCUGAAGAACAUUUGGAGACUAUUAUUCAAUCAUUAAAGAAACCUCUAAAACUUUUGAAUAUCAUGCAUGCAAAUUUCGAAGUAACGCCAAAGAUUCGCGAAAGGGUAAAGUAUAUGAUCCAAUCUAUUCUUAAUAAACCGGCUGUUAGUUACACACCUUGA